CCCGCGCCCGGACAUGGCAGCCACUCAGCAAAUCGGCGCUCGCUCCGGAGCCGCAAAAGCCUCGAUAAGUCCCAGCCCGGCCCGCCCGGCGCCUUAUAUACAACCCGGGCGGAGCGGCAGCGCCUGCUCCGAUUGGCUGCAAGAAAGGAAUCGUUCGGCAGCCAAUGGGAAGGCGAAUUCAGAGGACGCCAAUGGCAAAGCCGGGCGCGGGGGCACGACGGGAAGGACAACCAAUAGCGACGCGCCGCUGGGAACAGCACCGCUAUAAAAGCAGCUCCCGCGGCCUCUUCGCUGUCGUCGGUCCUUUUUUUCGUAGUUCGUGUGUGCUGAGAGUCGCGCGUUCGCAGCCAUGCCCGAGCCGGCCAAGUCCGCGCCCGCGCCCAAGAAGGGCUCCAAGAAGGCGGUCACUAAGACGCAGAAGAAGGGCGACAAGAAGCGCAAGAAGAGCCGCAAGGAGAGCUACUCCAUCUACGUGUACAAGGUGCUGAAGCAGGUGCACCCCGACACGGGCAUCUCCUCCAAGGCCAUGGGCAUCAUGAACUCCUUCGUCAACGACAUCUUCGAGCGCAUCGCCGGCGAGGCCUCCCGCCUGGCGCACUACAACAAGCGCUCCACCAUCACGUCGCGGGAGAUCCAGACGGCCGUGCGGCUGCUGCUGCCUGGCGAGCUGGCCAAGCACGCCGUCUCCGAGGGCACCAAGGCUGUCACCAAGUACACCAGCUCCAAGUAAAUAGCUGCUAGAAGUACUGUAUAACCCAAAGGCUCUUUUAAGAGCCACCCACUUUUUCAAGAAAAGGGCUUUAAUUUCUACGUUUCUCUUGUAAUUUUAGUUGUAGUGUUAUCUGAUUUGCUUAGUGAUCAGUGUUCAAUUCCAACGAUUAAAAUAGUUCAGUAUUAACAGAAACUGCAUCUAGAUCCUCUUAGUGCUUUUUACACUUGUAUCUUGACUGCUAUUUCUGGCAAGGUUUACCCUAUCUGUUGUGUGUAGGCUGCUUCAAUUACCAGCUCUUUGUAAGGCACCCCGGCUGUGCCAUCCACAUCUGCUUGCUGUUAAAGUACGUUCUCUCCCCAGCUCCGGCUGUUUUCAGCCCUGGUCAGUCCCUUCUCCCUGUUCCCAUACCAUGGACAUGUUUUCAAAGACAUAUACAUGCCAAUAUAGCUUUUUUUUGUUGUUGUCCUAUAUUUCGUUGGUCUUUCAUAUCUGGGUAAAAAAGAUCUAUUAAAUA